AUGGCAACCUCAGAGGAUGGAACAUGGCUUAGGUUCUUCCGGCAGCAGAAUGAGGAGCGGGCCAUCCUUGAUCGAGAGGUUGAGCAGCACGAGAGGCUUGAAAAUGAGUUGACGAGCCGUCAUCGCGCAGAGCAAGAGGCCCUCAACACACAACAGCAACUGGAAAUCCAAGAACUUCGAGCACGAGCGAAACAUCUGGACGCCCGGUGUCGAGCCUUCUUUAACCGCCCGACUGGCCCUGCGUCUCAGCCAGCUCCAGCAUCUGCUCGCACUACUGUUGCAGUCUCAGCUGGGUUGACGCCCGCCCGCAGCGCGCAAACUGCCAAUUCAGCACUUGGUCGCGCCACUGUGAUAUCCAACAGUAGCGGCUUUUCGCGAGGACAUCAAUCGGCCACCCAAGCUACGAGCGAGCCUGUACAAGCUCCGACUCCGUCCCUUGUACCGAUUGGGACGCAUGUAUCCGACACCACAUCUUCGCGGCAUGAGAGAAUCAAGCUCGAGCUUGCACGAGAUUUCAGCAACCUCCAUGAAGACAGCGACGGCAAUGUCUACGCACUCUGCUGCUACUAUGAAGGAUGUGGCGCAAACACAACUCAACUUGCUGCGAAGAGGACAGAGAUCAAAUAUCCGAAUAUGAACGUCGACAGUCUGCGCAGGCACUUGAACUCCGGUCACGGAGUGAGGGGGACAUCUGUGGAGUGGGUUGCCGCCAAAUGCACGGGUGAAGCGAUCCCGAAUGAAGUUCUGUCGCGGAUCAAUUCUUGGGAGCCGACUGCUUACGACAAUCAUAUACUGAUAAACUGUGGUGGUGUUUUGCAGAGCAUGACGAGCGCAGAAGAUGAAUCAGAAGGACAGGCGAAGGACGAUACCAGUGUGCAAGCAAUGUUCGAAAAGCUACGCAAAAGCUAUCUGAACCUCUGCCAGGAUUCCGACGGGAAGAUGUAUGCCCUCUGCUGCUCAUUGUGCGGUGCAAAUACCUCCUGCUCCAGGGGUGGUGCACUGCAUCCCACGCUCGACUUGAGGUACAUGCGGAGUCACUUGAGCAAGACACAUGCGGAAGAAAUGGGCAACUUGACGACCGACGAGGUUCUGCAGCGGUGCAAGGGAUCUGCGAUUAGUGAUGUGGAUAUCAUGCGAUUCGCUCGUGGAGAGCCGUCGAGCAUCGAUAGCAGGCUGCAAGUAAUCAAGAGAAGGGUGACCCCAAGCAAGCGAUCUGCCUCAUUAGGCAACGAAGGUAAUUCAGGCGUGCACGAAUCUAGUGUUUUGCAUGUCGCUAAUGGAACAACACCAGAUAUUUCCGCGCAAAGAAUGGACAGCAGUGCGGUUCAAGGACUUGGACGCGCAUCAUCUGGACCUGGGCGCUCCGUAUCGCGCGAUCUUGACGGUCUCAUGCCCACGCUGCAUCCUUCUCUCUACAAUCCGGAUAGCGUCUUCGGCGCGCCAGCAAAAUUGCAGCGCUCAUCGUUUUAUCGCUCGAAAGCGGCGAAUAAAGCACGCUCUGGGUACGCCUCAGACGAUUCCGAGACCCUCGACGAGGUCCAGGUGAAGCAUCGUCCGUCGAUGGUGACGAACGAGGAGGAAGACGACUGCGAGUUCUAUGGAUGA